AUGCUGCAGGAUAAGGGCCUGUCGGAGAGCGAGGAGGCCUUUCGGGCUCCGGGCUCGGCGCUCGGCGAGGCCAGCGCUUCCAACGCCGCCAACGCUCCCGAGCCCGCGCUGGCUGCUCCGGGCCUCAGCGGAGCCGCGCUCGGCAGCCCGCCGGGCCCCGGCGCCGAAGCCGCAGCUGCUGCCGCCGCCGCGGCAGAGCAGACCAUCGAGAACAUCAAGGUUGGCCUGCAUGAGAAGGAGCUCUGGAAGAAAUUCCACGAGGCGGGCACCGAGAUGAUCAUCACCAAGGCGGGCAGGAGGAUGUUCCCCAGCUACAAGGUCAAAGUCACAGGCAUGAACCCCAAGACCAAGUACAUCCUGCUGAUUGAUAUCGUCCCUGCGGAUGACCACCGCUACAAGUUCUGUGACAACAAAUGGAUGGUGGCAGGGAAGGCUGAGCCCGCCAUGCCAGGAAGGCUCUAUGUCCACCCUGAUUCUCCUGCCACUGGGGCCCACUGGAUGCGGCAGCUCGUCUCCUUCCAGAAGCUGAAGCUCACAAACAACCACCUGGACCCCUUCGGCCAUAUCAUCCUCAACUCCAUGCACAAGUACCAGCCAAGGCUACACAUCGUGAAGGCUGAUGAGAACAAUGCUUUCGGCUCCAAAAACACAGCCUUCUGCACGCAUGUGUUCCCAGAGACUUCCUUCAUCUCUGUGACCUCCUACCAGAAUCACAAGAUCACACAGCUGAAAAUUGAGAACAACCCUUUUGCCAAGGGAUUCCGGGGCAGUGACGACAGUGACCUGCGUGUGGCCCGGCUGCAGAGCAAAGAAUAUCCUGUGAUCUCCAAAAGCAUCAUGAGGCAGAGGCUCAUCUCCACCCAGCUCUCAGCCAAGCCUGACGUCAGUCCCCUGCACGGUGCCCAUCAGGCGCUCCAGCACUACCAGUACGAGAACGGGGCUCACAUGCAGUUCGCCACUGCUGAGCCACAGGACCUUCCCCUCAACACCUUCCCAGCCCAGAGGGACUCCAGCCUCUUCUACCACUGCCUGAAAAGACGAGACAGUGCCCGUCAUCUGGACUUACCCUGCAAGCGAUCCUAUCUGGAAGCUCCCCCGGCAGUGGGAGAGGAUCAUUAUUUCCGUUCUCCCCCUCCCUACGACCAGCAGAUGCUGAGCCCCUCCUACUGCAGUGAGGUGACCCCAAGAGAAGCCUGUAUGUACUCAGGUUCGGGGCCGGAGAUUGCUGGGGUGUCUGGGGUGGACGACUUGCCCCCACCCCCCCUGAGCUGUAACAUGUGGACGUCAGUCUCCCCGUACACAAGCUACAGUGUUCAGACAAUGGAGACUGUGCCUUACCAGUCCUUCCCCACCCACUUCACCGCCACCACUAUGAUGCCUCGGCUGCCCACUCUCUCGGCUCAGAGCUCCCAGCCGCCAGGAAACACCCACUUCAGCGUCUACAAUCAGCUCUCACAGUCUCAGGUCCGGGAGCGGGGCCCCGCUGCCUCCUUCCCCAGGGAGCGCGGCCUCCACGCCGUGUGCGAGAGGAAGCCGCCCUCUCCACACCUGAAUACUGCCAGUGAGUUUCUCUACUCUCAGAGCUUCUCCCUGUCCCGGGAAGCUUCCUUACAGUAUCAUUCAGGAAUGGGAACGGUAGAGAACUGGACUGACGGAUGACUCCCAUGUCUAUCGAUAGCCCCAGGACCACGGUAAUCCGGUGUUAACCUCUGUGGGUGGCCUGCGCUACCAAGAAACACGGGAAGGUAUUUCAAAGGGUAGGGUGUCUGCGUGUGUGUCUGCAUGUAUGUGUGCCUGUGUACGUGCCUACGUUUGGAGAAUAUCCGCCUUCUGACAUACAGCUGAGGCCACGACAAGGAAGAAAACCACAAUUAUCUAAGAAGUGAUUUUGGCUCUGGUACCUGGGUCCACUGUUAUCUUACAUCUCCUGACAGGUGCAUGGGUAGGACGGGGGUGGAGAGUUCAUGUGAGUUACUUAGAGGUUUUGAUAAUAUAAUCUUUGAUUCACUCAGGGGCCAGGUGAUGAGGUCUCUCUCGUAGGGAAGGUUGGAGAAGACUCUCAUUGCUGGGGUGGGAGGUCUCUGUGCACAUCUUUGAGUUCCUGGCCUUCUGUUAGCAAGAGAAGCUGGAAAUCUUGUCUGGGGAGUAGGGGGCCCCCUUUUGGCCUCUGGAGAGUCUGUGAGAUGACCUGAGACGUGCGCUCAGCUAAGCCACAAAGCGCUCUCUGAGAGUAGAGCUCAUGGCUCAGUCAGUGGCCUGGAGAUUGAUCCCUGGAGUCCUGAGGUCUGAGGGAUGACUUUCAGAGAAGGUCAUGUGCUAAGUGCCACCUGAUGGGUAUUAAAACAUUUUAUUUUUUUCCUUCAAGAGGAGGGAAAAUGCAACCAAUAGCAUCUCUGUCAUCAUUCAGGUUUUUUACUAUGGUACAAAGUCCUUCCCCUCAGCCCCCGACAUGCAGUUUCCCACUCUCUCUGGUGUACAAGACUCGGCCUUUCAGGCACCACCUGCACCCGAUGACUGGCCAUCAUGAAACACACUUCACCUGGCAACGUCCCCAGGAGACCGCAUUGGAGCUGCUGCCAGGCAGAGCCUGUUCAGCUCCCAGAAAACCCUCGCCUUUGGAGCAAGAAAGCCCGACAGAAAUAAAAACAAGAAUCGAGAAAACAUUCAUUUCUUCCAGUACAUUCAGCCCGUGAGCUCAGAGAAGCAAGGAUAAUUCUCCCGUGAGGUGGAUCGUGUGGUCCCCAGCCCAGCUCUUCAGCGCGGAACGUCACCAGACCAUCCAUGUGGCUGGUGUGAACUCUGUAAUCUAACUUGGGAAAUCACUAAACUCUUUGCAUGCUGAAUAGCUAUUUAUAUAUUAUAUAAAUAAA